AGGAGGAGGAGGAGGCGGCGUUGUUCUUCUUCUUCUUUGUUGAGAGGGAGCCGGGGGGGGGGGGGGGGGCUCUCCUUGUCGCGCGAUUUGAUUGUCGUCCCCGGGGAAGGACGGAGGAGGAGAUCCGAGGGAGCUGCUUGUUCGGUCUCUCUCUCUCUCUCUCCGGCAGGGUUGGGAAGGAUGAGCGCGUCGAGGUUCAUAAAGUGCGUGACGGUCGGCGACGGGGCGGUGGGCAAGACUUGCUUGCUCAUCUCUUACACCAGCAACACCUUCCCCACGGAUUAUGUGCCCACCGUCUUCGACAACUUUAGUGCUAAUGUGGUUGUCAAUGGAAGCACUGUCAACCUGGGACUGUGGGAUACUGCAGGACAGGAGGAUUACAACAGACUAAGACCUUUGAGCUAUCGCGGGGCAGAUGUUUUCAUUCUAGCAUUCUCUCUCAUUAGCAAGGCCAGCUAUGAAAAUGUCUCUAAGAAGUGGAUUCCGGAGUUGAAGCAUUACGCACCUGGUGUCCCAAUUGUUCUUGUUGGGACAAAGCUUGAUCUUCGAGAUGAUAAGCAGUUUUUCAUAGAUCAUCCUGGUGCAGUGCCAAUUACUACAGCUCAGGGAGAGGAGUUGAGAAAGCUGAUAGGCUCACCUGCAUAUAUCGAGUGCAGCUCAAAGACACAGCAGAAUGUGAAGGCAGUGUUUGAUCAAGCCAUAAGAGUUGUGCUUCAACCACCCAAACAAAAGAAAAAGAAGAGCAAAGCCCAAAAAGCCUGCUCCAUAUUGUGAUUGAUAAUAGCUCGAAGACAGAACAGCCGGUUGCUCUGCCUGUAUCUCCUCCGUUCUUGCUUUGCUUUUAGAAGAAGAUGCCGUUACUGAUUUGCUGUGCCAAGUGACAAGACUUUCUUUGCGAAGCAUCAGACCGUCCAGUACCGCCCGAUUGGCGUCAUGGUGAUCUAGUUCUUGUGUUUGUCCACGUGUCGUCUGCAAUUCUUGACUUUGAUAAUUCUAUGUAUUAAUGAACCGCAUUUAAUGAGAGAAAAAACCUUUCUUGCA